AUGGCGGAAACAAUCAUCGAGGAUAUGGAGGAGUAUAACACCACGCUGUUUACGUCCGCCGAUUGCAGCGCCACGUCGCUGCCGCCGCUGGAGGUGCCACCCAUCGGCCUGGUACAUGACAGCCCCUUGCUGUACACCACGGUCAUCGACUCCAUGAAGCAAGCCGUGCCCAUUGAAAUCAAGGCGUCUACCGUGGGCACCAAGAAGAGCGGACUUUUUUUCACGGGCGAAGCACCCCUGCCGCCGGGAGAGAUGAUUUUUCUGACCAACCCGUUGGUCAUGGCCCGAAGUCCCGAAGACGACCAGACCAUGGCAACUCGGCCUCGUAAGGGACCGCUGCGCGAUACAGACGUCUGUGACUACUGCUUCAAGAGCCCGCAGACAUUUACCGAAAAAGUGGCUAGCGAGAGCGAGAGCGGCAAUCCAGUUCUCCCGCCGGCUCGACGCUGCACGGGCUGCAACCUGAUGUCAUUUUGCAACAAGACUUGCCACCAAAAAGCGUGGAAGCAGUUCCACCGUUUCGAGUGCGGACUCUUGAAGACGUUGCAGCGCAGAGACCCGGCGUUCCUCCUCCACCUUCGCCUGCUGCUCAUGGACAAGGCCGACACGGUUCCCGACAACGUGAUGAAAGUGAUCCGCGACCUCAGUAUGCCCUUCAAGCUUCCGCUGCAGCCUCCUCUCUCGCACAAUGUCAAGAACUGCGCUCUCCAUGCUUAUCAUCUCCUCUCACUGGAGAACCGUGACUUGACGUUUAUCCGUGAUGUUCUUUGUCGAAUCCUAGCCAAUCAAGCGGUCAUCGCAACGGCCGACGAGACCGCAAUUGUGCACUGCUUUGACAUCUCGCUUGCAAUGCUCAACCACUCGUGCGCCCCCAAUGCCUUUGUCUUCGUGGAAGGUCGCCAGGCACGUGUCCGAUCGCUCCACGCCAUUCUCCCCGGCGAAGAAAUCACGGUAGCGCUGGUUGACACGCGCCUUGAUGUGGAGAGCCGCCGGGAGGCUUUGCGUUUGCAAACGCUCUGCCCCGAUUACGUUUGCAACUGCGAGGUGUGCAAAAGAGAUGCCGACGCCAUGAAGCUCAUUGCCGGGGAAAGUGAAAGUCAGUUGGCGGCCCUCAAGCGGUUUCAUGCCGGCGUUGUCCCAAAGGCUGUCCAGCUCAUUCAUGACAUCAAAAGAACGGCUUGGGACAAGGCAAAGACGGACCUGGUUCAUCAGUUCGUUACGUUGGCGGAGGGGGAGUUUCUUGCCCACUUCACAAAAGGGCCCAUGGACAAUGUUACCUACAAGCCGAUCCCGUGGCUGCGCAUGGCCGGAGCAGCCAUGUUCCUCGAGAUCCGCCAGCUAGAGAGUGCCCUGUACUACGCAGUUCUGUCGUUCAUGUUCUGCGAGAGACAGGUCGAUCCGCUGUCCGUGACAGACCUGCGUAUUCUUGUAAACACGCUGCGGGCCAUUUGCGAACUGCCCGAGUCGGCCAAGCAAUACCGAAACCUCUUUGCCAGCCACCGCAAUGGCUUUCCCACGCGCCGAGAGCUAGGUGCCUUUACAGUCGGUUGCACCAUCGCUCUUGGACUGCUUGCCAUGAAGGUCUACGGGCCAAAGCUCGGCUUUGUCCGGGCGGUGCUUCGCUGGAGUCGAGAGGGAGAGACGCUCUGCGCGCCGCUGGAGCCGUGCAGCCCCGAAUUUAAUACGGCCUUCCACAGUGCCCAGAACAAGAUCUUGAAAUGGUGUCUUGGCGACAGAAGAUGUCACGUUUUCCCCAUUCGUGAGCCGACAAGGGCAGAGUAUGACGCACUGACCGAUAUUCUGCGAGCACGCGAGGAACAGCUCGAACAAUCUGAGCAGACAGCGCAAACCGGGCAAGCCGACGAGGUGGAGCUAGCCGAACCGCCGUGUGGCCUCUCCGAGGACUAUGAGCGGGUUGAGAAGCGUGCAAAGACGCGCGAGUCGAAGCGAUCCGGACAAUCGGAGCAGUCGGAGCAGUCGGAGCAGUCGACACAUUCGACCCAGUCAACACGGUCGACACAGUCUGGGCGACCAGAUGUGCAGGAACAGCAAGAAGCUGAGGAUGUCAACAUGGUGUUACUCAACUACGAGCAGAAGAUGCGGGUGGCCAGAAAUGCCGAGAGCAUCAUGCGGCGCGAACAAGAGCGGCGCAAGCAAAAGUCGAGCCGCAAGGAAGAAGAGCAGGCUGUGAAUACAGACCUGGAGAACAAGCUGCAGGCCGUUUUCGAGACGGGACUGCGCAUCAUGGGCGAAAACGACAUGAACAGCAAUCGAAACACGGACGAACCCCUGGACCAGGUGGACAAGAAGCUGGAGAGAGAAUAUGGCCGCGAAGGCGCACGCAGCAGCACCGUCGAGGAGGUGUGCCGUGUGCAGAUGGACUGGUGA